AUGGCUUCCCAGCCCAAGAAAAACGACUGGUCCGCAACCCAAUACCUCAAAUUCAACAGCGAACGCACCCGCCCCGUCUACGACCUCCUCUCCCAAGUGCGACCGCACGUUCAAUCGGAUUCUCCCCGGAUCUAUGACCUCGGCUGCGGCCCCGGAAACUCCACCCAAGCCCUGCUCGACGCCUUCCCCGGCGCCAAAGCAACAGGUAUGGAUUCCUCCCCGGACAUGCUGGAGAAAGCCAGAUCCGCGGUAUCCGGCGUAGACUUCGUACAGGGCGACCUAGCGACGUAUGAGGUGGGAAAGGAUGCAGAUGUUUUAUUCAGCAACGCGGUAUUCCACUGGCUGCGUACCCCCGCACGCAUCCCCACGCUGGUGAGGCUGUUCGAGGGACUGAAGCCCGGGGCUGUGCUAGCGAUACAGGUGCCGGAUAACUACCACGCGCCCUCGCACCGGUUGAUGCGCGAAACUGCUUCCGCCUCUUCCGCACCAUGGUCCUCCUACUUUGCUGACGCGCAAAUCGGGGAUUUGAGCAGUUCUUCACGCCCGGACCUCGAUCCUAUCGAGGCGCCUGGUAAUUUCUACGAUGCGCUCAUACCGUUUGCGGGGAGCGUGAAUAUCUGGCGCACGGAGUACCACCAUGUGCUGGCUGAUGCGCACGCGAUUGUGGAGUGGGUGAAGGGAACAGGAUUGCAGCCGUAUUUGCAUCGGAUCGGAGAGGAAGGGGCGAAGAAGGCGUUUUUGGAAGAGUAUGAGAGAAGAUUAGGGAAGGCAUAUCCGGAGUUGGCGGAUGGGAAGGUGUUGUUGGGGUAUCCGAGGUUGUUUGUUGUGGCGGUUAGGAAGUAG